AUGUUCAGGCUGGCUUCGUGGCAGGAUGUAAGUAUCGACUUCCGCGUCCGCAUCAAGAACAAGAGGCAGUUUCGCGUCCAGGACACAGCAAACGCUGAGCUCACGAAAGUUGUUGGAGACGAUCGAUCUCCCACUUUCUCUGAUGAGGCUGAUUUGCCAUACAUCCGAGCCAUGGGCAAGGAAAUCCUUCGCAUCCGACUUGUCACGAAUAUUGGAAGUCCCCAUUACACGACCGCGGACAUUUUCUACAAAGACUAUUUUAUCCCCAAGAACACUGUGGUCGCUAUCCCACAAUAUGUCCUCCAUUACAGUUCAGAAAAAUGGGACAACCCAGAAGCCUUCGAUCCGUCGCGAUACUUAUCUUAUCCGGAGAAAGCAGGCUUCUAUGCCGCCCAAGGAGACGCCAAAGGACGCGACCAUUUCGACUUUGGCGGCGGCCGGCGCAUUUGCCCUGGGAUGCAUCUGGCAGAGAAUAGUCUGUUUGUAACGCUUGCCAAGAUCCUCUGGGCUUUCAAGAUCGAGCCGGCACUAGAUCCAAGUGGAAACCAAAUCCCCGUAGAUCUCUCAGAUGAUGCAUAUGAGCCGGGGGUCAAUACUCUGCCCAAACCGUUCAAGGCUCGGUUCGUCCCGCGGAACACGCGACGGGCAGAAGUUCUGAAAGCCGAAUGGGCUCAGGCGCAAAAAGAAGGAUUUUACUUGGGAAACGUGAAGGUGAGUACGGAUGGCAUGGUUGUUGGAUGA